UGGGAUAAGGGGCGAGGGGUGCGAUGGAGAGAGGGUAUGGUAAGUCUGUGGUGUGCUCUGAUGUCCAGUGUGCCUGGUCUGCAACCAACCGACGGCAAGAUGGAAAUGCAGUGGUGCCUUUUUCCUGCGGCGAUUUUUCUGUUAAGCGUAGCCAACGGCGGGACCUUGGCGGACAGUGAAGCCCUUUCAAACGAACAAUAUAGCGCAGUGGGUAGCAGGCGUACCUCACUAACUUUGAACAGCACUGCAUCCCCCACAGUGACCUAUCCCACCAGCUCUCCACGCACUUUGCGGACACCGCUGCAGACCACAGCUCCUCCCGACCCGCAGACGACCACCAGCUCCCGGGGAAAACCGCAGAAGAGGAGACGGAAGGAGAGGAAAUCGAAGGAGGAGAACUCCGAGGAAGACGUUGGACACGAGAAGAGCAAGGCUGGCGCUGCCACAAAGGGAUUGGAGUGUCCUCCGCUGGGCCUGGAGUCUCUGCGUGUGGACGACAACAAGCUGCGGGCCUCCUCCGUCCAGAGGCCGGGCCUGGGGGCCCACAGGGGCCGGCUCAACAUCCAGUCGGGCAUCGAGGAGGGCGACCUGUACGACGGGGCGUGGUGCGCUCAGCAUCAGGACCGGCUGCAGUGGCUGGAGAUGGACGCGGUCGAGAUGACCCUCUUCACCGCCGUCAUCCUCCAGGGUCGCAGCUCCGUCUGGAGCUGGGACUGGGUGGAGACCUACAAGGUUCAGCUGAGCAACGACUCGAUCCACUGGGUGCCCUGCAUGAACGGAUCCCAGGAGAUGGUGUUCGAGGGGAACCGGGACCAGUACACGCCAGUGCUGGGCGCCCUGGCGACCCCCACCGUGGCCCGCUACCUCCGCAUCAACCCCCAGACCUGGUUCAUCAACGGCACCGUCUGCCUCCGGGCUGAGAUCCUGGGCUGCAGGGUUCCCGGUCGGUCUGAAGGCCAGCGCCACGAGGCAGACUCCGGUUCCAAGGACGGUCUUGACUUCAGACAUCACAACUACAUGGAGAUGAGGAAGCUGAUGAGGGAGGUGAGCCAGCAGUGUCCGGACAUCACGCGGAUCUACACCAUCGGGAAGAGCUACAACGGCCUCAAGCUCUACGUCAUGGAGAUCUCAGACAACCCGGGGAAACACGAGUUGGGGGAGCCGGAGUUCCGCUACAUCGCCAACAUGCACGGGAACGAGGUCCUUGGCCGGGAGCUGCUGCUCAACCUCAUGCAGUACAUGUGUCGCGAGUACAAGCGCGGCAACCAGCGAAUCGUACGGCUCGUCACCGAGACCAGGAUCCACCUGCUGCCCUCCAUGAACCCCGACGGCUACGAGACCGCCUAUGAGAAGGGCUCGGAGCUGUCGGGCUGGGCCCUCGGCCGCUACAGCGUGGAGGGCAUCGACCUGAACCACAACUUCCCGGACCUGAACAACAUCCUGUGGGACGCUCAGGAGGUGGCCGCGUGGGGGAAGACCAAAGUACCCAACCACUACGUCCCCAUCCCGGAGUACUACACCAAGGAGGAGGCCAUGGUGGCGCCAGAGACGCGGGCGGUCAUCAGCUGGAUGCAGGACAUCCCCUUCGUGCUGAGCGCCAGCCUCCACGGCGGGGAGCUGGUGGUGGUGUACCCGCACGACUGCACCAAGGACUGGGCGCCCAAGGAGUACACGGCCAGCCCGGACGACAGCUUCUUCCGCUGGCUGGCGACCGUCUACGCCUCCACCAACCUGGCCAUGCUGAACCCCGACCGCCGCAUGUGCCACGUGGACGACUUCCAGCGCACGCGCAACAUCGUCAACGGCGGCGCCUGGCACACCGUCCCCGGCAGUAUGGGCGACUUCAGCUACUUCCACACCAACUGCUUCGAGGUGACGGUGGAGCUGUCCUGUGACAAGUACCCUCACGUCAGCGAGCUGCCCCAGGAGUGGGAGAACAACAAGGAGUCCCUGCUGAUCUACAUGGAGCAGGUCCACCGAGGGAUUAAGGGCGUGGUCAGGGACAAGAUGACCAGGAGGGGCCUGGCAGACGCCAUCAUCAAGGUGGAGGACCACGACCACGACAUCCGCACAGCGGCGGACGGGGACUACUGGCGCCUGUUGAACCCGGGCGAGUACCGGGUGGUGGCGUGGGCCGAGGGAUACCUCCCCGCCGCCCGCAGCUGCCGCGUGGGCAUGGAGGCGCGGGCCACGCCCUGCGACUUCCACCUGGUCAAGACGCCGCUCCAGAGGCUGAAGGACAUCCGAGCCAAGGGCGGGAAGGUCCCGCAGGACCUCCAGCUGAGGCUUCGCGCCCUGCGGCUCCGCAAGCUGCGCGUCACCACUAAGGUCCUCAACCAGCGGCGGGAGAAGCAGCAGCAGCAGCAGAGGAGGAGGGCGUGAGGAGGAGGGAGGAGUGAGGAGGGAGGAGGAGGAGGGAGGAAGAGUGAGGAGGAGGAGGAAGAGUGAGGAGGAGGAGGAGGGAGGAGGGAGGAGUGAGGAGGAGGAGGGAGUGAGGAGGGAGGAGUGAGGAGGAGGGAGGAGUGAGGAGGAGUGAGGAGGGAGGCGUGAGGAGGAGGCAGGAGGGAGGAGGGAGGAGGAGGAGGAGGGAGGCGUGAGGAAGGAGGAGGAGGAGGAUUGAGCAGGGGUGAGGGGGAGGACGACUAGGAGUGAGGAGGAGAAGGAGUGAGGAGGAGGAAGAGGAGGAGAGACAGGCAAUUGAAGACGUUGGAAAGGACUUAAAGAACUGGAGCUUUUUCAUGGAUUCAAAUUAAGUAAUGAACAGCCACUGAAUUAUAUAAACACACCAAGAACAGGGGAUGUGUGGUUCAAAAAAUUGUGUUGAUUAAUAUUUUAUUAAUGUUGUGGUGUUUUCUGUUUGGUUCUUAGUCCGCUACGGCGCUCCGUGGCUUUUAUUGUGAAAAGAUUGCUAUUAGUGAAGAGAUUUAUCUGAGGGGAUCAGAGAAUAUGUCGGCAGCUGGUCUGAUGGGGGACGUAUUUCCUAACAUGAUGCAUUUUUCAUAAAUGUUUUGUUUUUUCAA